CUAAAAUGGCGUCCCCUGUAUCUAUAGGAGACGCGAUACUCCUCUCCAAAUUGGCUUACCGGCUAGCUCACACGCUUACCAUAGGGCGCAAACAAGCACCAGCAAAUAUCAAAAAGGUUCAAGACCAGCUACAUUCGUUAGGCAGCGCCCUAAAGUCCGUGGCACAACUCAAGACCCAAAGUUCUACGCAUGAAGAUCCAGGAGUUCCUAAAGCGCAACAUGCACUCAACGCAGGAUCGGACGACCAUGCUCUCGAAGAGGUAAUUCAAAGCUGUCGAUUGACGCUAGGUGAGCUGGAGGAAUUGAUAAAGAAAUACGAUGCGGUCUCCGAAGAGCAUUUGCCAAGAACCAGUGAGGAUUUGGCGACCGAAAGAUGGAAAAAUAGCCUCAAGAUCAAUUGGAAGAAGAUUAGGUGGACAAUGGAAGGCGAGGAGCUAGAUGACAUCAGGAAGAGGUUGAACGUGCACAUUGCAGCCCUAAAUCUCCUGGUCGUAGGCCGAAACAGUUCGCAGAUAGACUCCAUGCAGGAAUACGUCCAUGAAAUGCAUGGUAUGUUGAAGGAUGUUCAUGGAUGGUUCGAUAAAAACCUCAAAGGUCGUCAGAACGCAGCGAAUUCACACAAUGUGGGGGCCCAAGGGUCAGAGCCAGAACUAUCAAGCCCGACAUUCAGAGUUUCGGCAAAGCACAAUCUGGGAACUGGUUCUGUCAUUCUAUGCCCACAAGCUUGGUUUCGAGAGGGAUGGACUUAUGCUAUCGCUGGAACUGAUCGAGGUCUUAGCGGCGUGUUUCAGUGCUAUUGUACGCGACCAGCGGGGUUGCAAGGCCGAAGUCCUCACGCUGACAACCUGCGAUGUUCUUUACUUCCCAUUAGUCUGCUGGUGCAGCUCGCAGGCACGGAACGAACGUGGCACAUGUUUUGCGACGCAAAUGGCCUGACAUCUUUUAACAUUACAGAUGUUUCGGGCGAUGUGUUAAGCAAGUUCCAGCAAGAAGUUGAUCUGCUGGCUGAUGCACAAGCAAUGCGGUCUCUUACCCUCAACUCAAGCACAUCGUUUGUGUGCCACUCCAAGCAGAAAGACGACCUUGUUUCGUCCGUUUUAGAUUCAAAAAGUGAUAUGUCUCCUUUCCAAGGGUCUGUAUCGGCUGUGAACUUCCACUCCAAUGGUCGGCACUUCACUCAGUAUUCAGUUGAUGCUAUCCAAACUUUGCACUACCGAUUGAAUCGUCGGCAAGAAGCAGGAAACAAGGAAUAUGAGGCACUAAACCUUUUACACCAGAACCACUCCGAAUUGGUUCUAUACAUAUCGUCUGACAGCAAUGGAGAAUCGAGACUGACUAUUCGAAUGAAUAGAACAACAAGAUGUGAGCUGGCAAACGCCUCUAAAACCGUGAUAGUCUUCGAGGCACCAUGUCAAACAGAAGAUGCAGGAGGAGCAAAAGAUAUCGUACAUUGCGACAAGAUAGAGAUUGAGUGUAUCACAGAGAAUUGCAGGUACACUUCAAAGCUUUCGAUGAUUUUGGCUGACGCAAGAAAAGUGGCCCGAAAACUAUUCUCGCUGCUCCAAUCGGUCGUACAAGAAUCACAAAUCCACUACUUGCAAGGCCCUCGAUAUGGCGAAGAAGUCGUAGCGGAAAGGGUUUGCCCUGAUUUAUUGAUCGACCAGACAUAUCUGAGCAGCCCGAAAGCACGAGUAGCGUUCGACCCAGAAUCAAAGUUGCAUAGGUUGAUUCUGCAGGGUAACUCGUUAGCGACAUCAAUUACCAUGGAACUUCCAGACGCUUUCCUGAAAAAUAUAGAGAAUGGGAUAACAAAUGAAGCGGCGCCACAGCUUGAAGCCAGUUUCGUUCAACACGGGUUAGAAAGUACUACUGUAGAAACUCGAAUCGCUCGGUUUCCAAUGGAGUUACUCGCGGCGCCCACUGAGAGCAUGAACAGAAUGCACUUGGACGAUUAA